CUUGCAGAUGGGGGCCCCUCAGACGCCCCAGAAGUCCGAGCCUAACGUUCAAGCGUGCAUUCGGCCCAAGGCCAAAGUGCAUCGAGCUGUAUCCACUUUGCAGUCGGUUCUUAACCUCCGGCUUGGACACUGCAUAUGCUGGGAACCUGUUUAGGGCAACUGACGCUGUCGAUUCAGCCUUCGACAUUUCACAGGGUGCCUGUCUGCCACCCCAGAGCUGAAAGCCCGGUACCACGACAGGCCUGCCCGAUUUCUGACUUUCUUUAUCCAACGUUGGUCGGACUGCCUGCGCGGCGCCUGACCUUUACCCUCUGCACAGAUGGAAACGAACUUCCCGUAUCCUCAACUAUUGCUCGUGUUAGCCAAGAGACCCCCGCCCAUUUUAAGGCUUCGCUGUCACCAAGACUUUCCUCGAAGGCGACGUUGCGACGGCGUACUGCCCAGAUUGUAUGCAUGCGGGGUUUGCUAAGGGCGACAGGAGCAUGCGCCACGCGGCGUGGCCGCACGCUGCUGCUUAACGGCCAACUAGUCACACCAAAGGGGAGGCAAGGGAGGAGAGGGCUUAGUAGACGUUGGAUCCCAUGCCCAGUACAGCGGCAAGUCUCUGAUUACUUUUCCUUAUUCGCAGGCCAAGGCCGACUUGUCUGAUAGCAUGGCAAAGUUUGGAUUCGAGUACCUGUACUGCCUUUGGGACGGCGUGGACCCUCUCGCCUCAUCUCUGCUGUUGGGACCGAUCGGAUCUUCUCGAGUGUUUCCACGAGCGAGCUGGAGCCGAAACACCCCCGUUUCUUAUCUUGCAUCUCUAGAACCGAUCCAUGAAAACAAAAUG